AGAGAGUGCAUUGUUGAUUCUUUAGCAAAGAAAAAGAAAAGAUUGAGACUUGAGAGAGGCAUGGGUGAAGAGGUGAAAAGCACUGUUGAAGAGGAAAUGUUGGUGGUGGAAAGCAAAGAAUGGUACUUAGUAUCGUAUGCUCCACACGGUGUUCCAACUUCCGAUCAUCUUAAACUCCGCACUGUUCGUCUAUCCCUCGCUCCAGAUUCAAUCCCUGAUGCCCAUGUUGCCGUUGAGAUGUUGCUUUUCUCUAUAGAUCCAUAUCUACGUGGCAGGUUCACUGGUACCUUAGAUGGACUUUAUUUUCCACAGUUUCAACUCAAUCAGGUGAUCACAAUAUUUGGGAUUGGGAGAGUAAAACGGUCCAAAGACAAUAAAUAUAAAGAGGGGGAUCUUGUCUUGAGUGCUAGUUUUCCUGUUGCUGAGUAUUGUGUUAUGUCCUCCAGUGAGAUAGUUGCAAAAAUUGAUACUGCAAGUGGGAUUUCAUUGCCGGAUUAUCUAAGCUCUCUAGGAGUACCUGGGUUUGCAGCAUGGUUAGGGAUAGAGGUGGUGGGAGACCCUAAACCUGGCUCAAAUGUGCUCAUAUCUGCUGCUUCAGGUGGUGUGGGAAUGAUUGCUGGUCAAUUGGCUAAGCUCAGAGGUUGUAGGGUCAUUGGAAGCACAGGAUCUGAUGAAAAAGUGAAGCUAAUUAAAGAGGAAUUUGGGUAUGAUGAUGGAUUCAACUACAAUAAGGAAGCGGACCUUGAUGCCGUUCUAAGCAAGUUAUUUCCUAAUGGUAUUGAUGUUUACCUUGACAAUGUUGGCGGCAAGAUGCUUGAAUCUGUACUGAAUCAUGUCAAUAAGUUUGCCAGGAUACCACUUUGUGGGAUGAUAUCUCAAUAUAACCAGGUUUGGACAGAAAGAGAAGGCAUCAGGAAUCUUUUGAAUAUGGUAGGCAAGGAAGUAAGAAUGGAGGGUUUUUUGCUGAAAACUCAUUUCAAUCGUUUCGGUGAUUUUGCAAAAGAGAUGGAGGGCUACAUCAAAGAAGGGAAGAUUAAGACCAAGACUAAAAUAAACCAUGGAAUUGGGACCUUUCUCCAUAGCUUGAACUCCUUAUUUUCCAGCUCUAAUAUCGGAAAACUAGUUAUUCAACUUAAGCCUUAGUGUGUCCUUAGACAAUCAAAAUGUGCUUCAUCAUCAUGCCCUCGUAUUAAUUUGUGCAUAAUAUUUUUCACCUCUCGCCCCUAUUUCAAUCGUUUAUUUUAUACUACAUGAAGACGGAAUAUAUGUAAUAUUUAUUUGAUUUGUGUGAAGGAGCUUCUAAAUUUCUUUCA